AUGCCGCUCCUCGAUUCGCUCAAAUCCAAGAUCAAAGCGAAGGCGUCCGAAUCGGGCAUCCCAGGCUCAUCCAACCUCACCCGCUCGACCCACUCUUCCCCUCCUCUCGGUCCCAAUGACGUCUUUCGGUAUCGCCAACAGCGCGGAGUGAAUCUCGGCUCCUGGUUUGUGCUGGAGCAAUGGAUCACGCCCGAGCCGUUCAAGAACGCCGCGGGGACAAAGCAGUCGGAUCUGGAUAUCGCGAGGGGGAAGGACGCCAAGGCGGUGUUGGAACAUCAUUGGGAUACGUGGAUUACAGAUGAGGAUUGGGACUGGAUCAGGGAGAGGGGCUUUAAUUCGGUCAGAUUACCGAUUGGCUACUAUCACCUCACCCAGCCGUGUCCGAAGGUGCUCGAGGGGACUGACUUCGAGUCCCACGCGGACGUUUUUGGAGGUGCAUGGCAGAGAAUCACGAAGUCUAUUGAGAAGGCUGGGUCUAUGGGCCUGGGAGUGCUGGUCGAUCUCCACGCAGCAGCAGGCGGGCAGAACGAUGAUGGUCACUCUGGCUGCUCCGGCAAGCCCAACCUCUUCUCCUCCAAGAAGAACCUGGCAUCUACAUCUCAAGCCCUCCGCUUUCUCGCCACCUACCUCGCCCCCAUCCCCCACGUCAUCGGCCUCCAGCUCCUCAAUGAGCCGGCCAACAACAACAGCAUUCAAGGCUGGUACGAGUCCACCAUCGCCGAGCUUCGACCCAUCUGCGGGCCCGACUUCCCCCUCUACGUACAUGAUGCGUGGGAUGCCCAGUGGUACGCCCAAUGGGUGGGGAAGCGGGACGAUUUCGUCGUUCUCGACCAUCAUCUCUAUCGGUGCUUUACCGACCGGGAUAACGGAAUGAAUGGGGACCAGCACGCUCAGGACCUCCGGGGUGGAUUCGCCGGUACCUUUGGCGGCCAGUCGGGUCAGGCAAGGGGCCAGCUGGUAGUGGCGGAAUGGUCGGCCUCGCUCUCGCCGAAAGGGAUUGGACACCUCCCAGCGGGCGAGCAGGACCGGCAUAGGCGGGAGUUUGUCAAGGCGCAAUUGCAGCUGUAUGAGAAGAAUACAGGAGGGUGGUGGUUCUGGACUUUGAAGCUGGCGGAGCCGUGGAAUGCAGGGUGGUCAGCGAAGAAUGCGGCGCAGGCGGAGAUAUUACCAAAAGUCGGAGAGGCAAAGACGGGGGCUCCUCCGUCAGGUGCGAAAGAUCAGACGGCAAAGAAAGCGGAAUCCGACCACAGGGGCUAUUGGUCCUCCAACGGCGGCUCGCCCAACCCAGACCUCUUCGCCCCCGCCUACUCGCAAGGAUGGGACGACGCGCUGCUCUUCCGGACACAUUCGGCGGGAGCGAGCAGUAUCGGCUUUUUGGAUCAGUGGACGAGGCGGCGGAGGGCAGAGUAUGAGGCGGCGCAUGGAGGAUGCGGGGAGGCGGUUUGGGAGUGGGAGCAUGGUUUCAAACAAGGUGUGCAGGGAUGUCAAGGCGCUUAG